AACUACGACUACGACUGAGAGCACAACUGAAUUUGAAACAACGACAAAUGAAAGCCCACACACCGAAAUGACGACAAAUGAUAUGACAACUACUACUACAACUACAGUUUCCACCGCUCGACCGACAAGGCCAACAACGACAACAAUUACAACACCCACACUUUCCACUGCUCGACCGACAAGGCCACCAACGACAACAAGAACAUCUACUACUACAACAAAAGUAACUACAGCAUUGACUAGUACAACUACUAGAUUCAUCGCUUCCACCACAACUACAAUUUCCUCAACAGCAUCACCUACUAACGAUACCGACGAGGUUAAUCCUACAACAGUAGGAUCGCCACGAGAUAAACCAUCACCUGUUGGUGUUAUUUUAGGUACUUUAGGUGGCAUUAUUUUUCUAGUUUUGGUCGUUGGUAUGUAUGUAAAACGUCGUAAGUUACAAAGCCGAUUCUCAUCUAAACCAAAUGAAUAUAAUGGAGUUGUCGCUGAUUAUUCGUACACUGCUGAUGCAGAAGAUGUUGUUCGAUUGCAAAAUGUUAGAGAUCGAAACGAAUCAUUCGCUAAGAUAUAG